GACACCACCUCCUAGACUGUUUAGGCCCUCCGGAGCCCGGGAGGUGGCGCAGCCCAGCUCUGAGGCCCAACGGGACCACCUGGGGCACACUAGCCGGACUGGACAGUGGAAACCACCUCCUGACCUGGGUUGACAGCCCUGACCACACAGCACUCCUGGCUUCAAGAACUGCUACAGGGUUAGCAUUCCAUCCUUGGAGUUCAUGUGCCCACCCCAGGCCCAGGCAGAAGUGGGUUCCGCCAUGACUGAGAAAGUUGAGAUGAUUCGUUCCUCCAACCCAGAGCCUGCUCCUCUGCCAAAGCCAGCCUCACCUGGGUCCCCCCCUGCAGAGGUGGAUCACCAAAACACGUGCACCCCCUGGUUGCCUCCAGGUGUGCCAGUGAUAAACCUGGGUCAUAGCAGGCCUACAGGGGCAGCCAUGCCCACCACAGAGCUGAGUGCCCUUCGGCCCUCCUUCCUGCAGUUAGCUGCCUUGGGAACAGCUCCACCCACCCUGGCCCUGCAUUACCACCCCCACCCCUUCCUCAACAGCGUCUACAUUGGGCCAGCAGGACCCUUCAGCAUCUUCCCUAAUAGCCGGCUGAAGCGAAGGCCAAGCCAUGCUGACCUGGACUUGGCUGAGGGGCACCAACCCCAGAAGGUGGCUCGUCGCGUGUUCACCAACAGCCGAGAGCGCUGGCGGCAGCAGCACGUUAAUGGCGCCUUCGCGGAGCUCAGGAAGCUGCUGCCCACCCACCCGCCCGACCGGAAGCUGAGCAAGAACGAGGUGCUGCGCCUGGCCAUGAAGUACAUCGGUUUCCUGGUGCGGCUGCUACGAGACCAGGCGGCUGUGCUGGCCUCGGGCCCCAGCGCUCCUGGGCCCCGUAAGCCGCCCGCGCACCGGGGAAUGGAGGGUGGUGCGCGCUGUGGGGCCCGACACAGGCUAGAGUCUGCACGCUCGCAGCCCGUGCUUCCUGAGGACUGCGAUGGCAACCCCAGUAGGUUGGUGCGACCCAUCAAGAUGGAGCAGACAGCUCUGAGUCCUGAGGUGCGGUGACCCCAAAUGGUGCCUUGCCUGCUGUGCAGUGGACUACCUGUAAAAGGGACGGAGGUUGCCCAUAUCAGGAAACGCCGUGCGGUUCUGGACGGGUGAUCGGCGGCGACUCAGGGGCCCUUCAGACUUUUAAGGAAAAAUUUCCACAGGCUUCUUGAGGUGGCCUUACCACCUUCCCUGGGCCGAGGCUAGACAAACCGACAAAGCGAAGUGACUAUUGGAUCUUUAGGGGUGCUUAGAGAGGUAGAAAGGGGUCUGGACGCCUUCUCAUCGGCGCCCCCUGCUGGAGGCGGGACGCCCCUGGGCAGUAUGUGGGAAGACCCACCCCAUCGAGCCCAACUGGUUGCACUUGAUCCAUGAUCCUGUUAGCCGCGUUAACGAAGACUCAGACACUCUGGCA